AUGGCGUCCGACUACAAGGUCCUACCUUUUGAGACCUGGAAGCCGUCCUAUGACAAGGAGAAAACUAUCAAGCUCGCCAAACCCAUGGCUGCGAAAGCAUACAAUCCCAAGGACGAGCAGCCACCGGACAUGGCCUGGUUUCGUCUGAACAAACAAUAUAUCGACUCCGAAAUCUUCGGCAUAUUCCAGAAAGUGAUGAAUCGCCUCGUUCAUGGUCGCCCGCAAGAUCUGGAGCUAGCCGAUCUUCAGGUUGCCGCUGUCGGCGUGAAAGAAGUCCACUUUGAGCAGGCCAAGGAUGUCGGCAUUGUCGGUCAACAGGCCAUGGGAAAGUCCUUGCUCAUCAAUGCACUCCUACAUCGCCGGAAUCUCUCCAAGACAUCCGCCGCGGGUGGAGCCUGCACUGCUUCAGCCAUCAAAUACGUCCACAAGCCAGGCAUGGAAGACUUUGGCGAGGUCUAUGAUGCCGCAAUCCAGUUCAUGGACGACACUGAGCUGAAUGAGAUCAUAUCGGAGCACGCCCGCCGCUACUAUCACUUCCACUUCUCUAAUAAGGUUGAUCCUAUGUAUCACGAUGAAGAGGAGCGUGCCGCCUUGACCGCCGAGUCUUUCUUUGGACUUCUUUGGAACGCCUACAACGACGAAGAAGCCGCAGAAGCGCUGCGACCGCUCCUCCUUCCCGCACAUAUCGACAAUGGUGCUCUACUUCGAGAAGCUCUCAAGAUGGCGCAUCGACGAAUGCAGGAAGCUGGUGCCGAUGAACAUCGCAUGAAGCAAUUUCUCGACAUGGGUGCCGCCGCUUUGAUGGAAGAGACUCAGAACUACAUUGCGCAGCAUGAGUCCCUGCCCUCUCUGUGGCCGAUUGUGUCCCACGUCAGGAUAUCCAUGGGGUCUGCUCUGUUGAGGAAUGCAGUUUCGAUUGUUGACUUGCCAGGCUUGGGCGACCUGAACCAUAGUCGCACCGCUGCAACGAACUCUAUUCGCCGGAAGGCGGAUUUCGAGAUCAUCGUUGCGAAGUCUGACCGCGUGACGACGGAAGAGGUUGUAGACCAGCAGAUCAAGCAAUCUAUCCGAGCACAUGGAGCGAAGAACACGAUUUUGGUCCUCACAAAAAUCGACGAAUUCUUUCUCGAUAACCACUCUGUUGAGAGCGUGAUCGAGCGCAACCCUAAUCAGCCUUUCCCGCUGAUCAAAGAGCUCGUGCUGGCAACUGAGGUUAGCCAGAAUGAAAUCGAAGACAAGUUCCGCGACGCCUUGGAAGAAGACGAAGAUGCGGAUUGCACCGACUUGGCGGAGAAGGUAGACGCCCUGAGCGCUUACCAGGAGUACCUCAAGAAGACUGCACAAUGCGCAUUCGUCAAACAGCGUGCAGAGAUGCUGGAAGGUCAGAUGCGAAAUAAGUACAAGGACAUGGAUCCGGACCCCAUCAAGGUGUUUUCGGUUUCGUCCUCGCUAUACAUCGACUGGAUGAAAAAGCGCCGCCGCGAAGACCCCGUCUUGACGCCUGAGAUGACCGGGAUUCCAAAGCUGCGGCAAUUCUUGCUGGGCAUUUCUGCUGAUGCCAACCUCGAAGCCUAUCGUGAGCACGUUGCCAGCACGUUACCAAACUUCCUCGGUAAAAUCGCGCGCAUCACUGACCACGAAAACAAGAACGACGCCUAUGCAGAGAUCCGCCCCUUCUUCAAUGAGCUCCUCGAUGGGCUGAAGGAAGCGCAUGAACUCAGCUUCUCAAACUAG